AUGCAACUUAGCAGCUCCUCCAUUCGUCGUGCUCGCCACAGAUACGCAAUCUCCGUCGCAUACCGCCUGCUCGCCCUCCUGGUUCUGGCGUAUUUUCCACAACAAGAACUCAACUGGAUGAUGGGGCUCAAGCUGCUUUGCGCACUGUGUCUAGUACCUCCCGGUGCUGGCGAAACAGAAAUGCGAUUCAUGUACCCCUUCAUCACAUGUGCACUGGUCAGCAGUCAUAUUGUCGCUGCAUGGGACUACGCGCUGCGCAUGGAGGACGGCCACGUAGAUCUCACCUUGAUGGCAACAUAUACCAUUCCGUUCGCCAUCUGCAGUCUCAUUGUUGCCCUCACUACUUGUCAUGAACUCGCGGACUUGGGUCCAUUGGGAAGACUCUUCAUGCGCAUCCGUGGCCGAAACUCGUGCGAGAUGACAUGCGAUAACAAGGGCCAGUGCGAACCGUGGCAGGCGACCGACUUGCUGCAAGAGAAAACCGAGAAAUUUGCUGUUUGA